AUGAAGAAACUUAAGUGCAAGGCUUCGCGCCUGUUCAGAAAGUCCAAGUCCACCGACCAGGACACUGGUAACAGCACUGACGACGAUGUUCCGCCUGUGCCUCCGCCUACACCGGUUUCAACAUUCCCACCAGCUCCUCUAGUACCGUCAUUCUCGCGAGCGCCAGUCCCGCCAUUCUCACCAGCUCCUAUCUCGUCAUUCCCGCAAACUCCUCUCCCGUCAUUCCCCCAAGUGCCCCCAGUCACGUCAAUCCCGCGAGCUCCUCUAGUUCCGCCAGCCGCAUUCGCCAACUACGUCGAUGACAUCACUCCGAUUUCUCCGCUCCGUAUCGUCAAGAAGAAGCCGUCGCUAUUCCUCAGAGACCCAACAGACGAGGAUGUGACCACAGAAGUCAACAAACCACUUCCACCAAUCCCAGUCAAAGCAGUCAAGAAGAAGCGUUCCCUCUUCUCCCUCAAAUCACACAAGAACCUUCGUGCCGCAGCCGACACCCAAGACAAAAUCCCACCCGUCCCUCCGCUCCCAUCAUGGGUAGCCGGUCAGAAGGAUAAGUCGCGUCCGGCUCCAUCGAUCCCCGCACUCCGUCAUCUGCCGACUGGCCCGCCGCCUCCCAGGCCAAACCGGCCCGUGUCCGUCGAGAUCCCCACUGCUGCUGAAAUGCAGCAACUCGCCGCUCUCGCUGCCGCCCGGCCACUGUCGCGUGCUGCUGCUGUCGGGCCGCCCGUCUUUGAUAGGCCGGGAGGUUGGGUCACGGACCCUUCCAAAAAUCAAGGGGCUGCCUCUCCGGGCAGAAUUAGGAAUAUUGAACACAAAGUGCCUGGGGUCUUGCUAGAUUCUUGCGUGAGAAAAUGUAUAGUAACUAGCUACUUCUAG